UGCCAGAUGUCGCGACAGCUUCAACACGCCUUUGCGUCGUCUGGUUCAAAGCUUUAAAUUUACCUAUCAAAACUUAUAGUACAACUGUGAAUAACUUCAGGCCUUGGAGACUUCCUUGACGGAUUUAAAGUUUACAGCUUGACGAAUUCACACCAUUCAAUAUUGUCAUAACGACCGAAUGGCUCUAGAAAGUUUUGACAAUGAGGACAUGGUAUUUAAGGAUAAAUACAGAAAUCUAAAGCGGAAGCUAAAAUUUCUCAUUUAUGAAAAUGAGUGUUUUUCCAUGGAGAUACGAAACAUGGAGAAAAGGCUAUUGAGGAUUCUUAAAGACAGAACAUUUCUACUAGAUAUGUUGACCCAGCAUGAAGCGGGGUCCCCUGCUUUUGAAUCAUCUGAUGAUGAUUUGACAGAUUCUUCUGAUGGUGAAAUGAAGAUGCAGCAUAAAAGUUCAGAUAGAAAGAAAAAAAUGAAAACAGAACGGGGGACAAAGAAAACUCCUGGCAUUCCAUCAAAACCCAGAAGAAAACCUCCAAAUAAACUUGACAAGAAAAACAGCGUGAAACCUGAAACAGUAGCAAACCUUCUGAUGGAAGAUUCGAGUUCUAAACAAGAGGUUACAACCAAAACAGGUCAUAUGACUCCAGAAGAAGUUGUGAGGCACUUAGAAUCAAGAAGAGCCCAACAGAGUCAGUUGGAAUUCUCGUUUGCACCUGACAAAGCUCCUGCAACUGUACCUACUGAAAUGUUUAGUAAUGAUAUAGAAAUAGGCGGUGGUAACUUUCGAGAAUUUCUUGAUAUGGAUACGUCCCCUAGUAAUGGUGGAGAUGAGAACGUCACGAUCGAUAUGGAGCAUAAUUAAUCAUUUAAUAUUUGAAUUCAAUGUAUUUCAAUAAAACAAAUUUGUUUUGCCUGAAA